AUGGAUGAGUGUGCGGCCUUCGGCGGCAGGAGGAAGGUGACAAUCCAGCAUUUACAGCACCUGCGCAACACCGGGACACCAAUCUCGAUGCUGACCGCCUACGACUUCCCCACCGCGCGCGCCUGCGACACCCAAAGAGUCGAUAUCACGCUCGUCGGCGACUCCCUUGCCCAAGUGUGCCUCGGACUCUCAUCCACAACCGUCCUCACGCUCGAAGAGAUGAUACACCACUGUCGCGCUGUUGCCCGGGGUACGACACAUCCUUUCCUCGUGGCCGACAUGCCGUUCGGGACGUACCAGGCUGGGGUGAAUGAUGCCGUGAAGAACGCGGUGAGAAUGAUCAAGGAAGGCAGCGUGGAGGCAGUCAAGUUGGAAGGCGGGGAGGAGAUACUAGAUGUUGUGCAGCGGUUGACGGCGGUUGGUGUACCUGUCAUGGCGCAUGUAGGGUUGAUGCCUCAGCGACAUGUCGCGAUGUCGGGGUAUCGGGUGCAAGGACGGGACGCGUCGAGCGCUGAAGGUGUGCUCGAUGCGGCGAAGAAGCUGGAGGAGGCGGGGGCAUUUGCAGUGGUGCUAGAAGCGAUUCCACACAAGCUUGGUAAGUAUAUCACGGACCAAUUGACAAUCCCGACCAUUGGGAUCGGCGCAGGGCCUGGCACGAGCGGGCAAGUUCUGGUAUGGGACGACGCGAUGACGCGAUGGGAUGGCAAAAAAGCGAAGUUUGUGAGGCGGUUUGCAGAUGUUGGGGGCGAGGAGGCGAAGGGUGUCUCAAACUUCGUGAAAGCAGUAAAGAAUGGGGACUUCCCAAGAGAAAAGGAGGAGGGAUACGAAAUAGACGAGGAUGAGUGGGAGAAGUUUCUGAAGCGCGAAGAGCUCCAAAAACGUGCGCACUGA